CAACUACGGUCAACAUGUUUUUUUAUCUCUUAUCUCGCUUUAUUUCACGAUUAGAUUGCGGCAGCGAUGCAGUCAUGUCCACUACGGACUGGAAAAUUAUCUCAUGUGUGGGCUUUUAUUCAUCCGUCGAUAUAUCGACGGGCAUUCUGGCGUUUACGGGUUUUGAUCUGACAGCCAUCGACCUUUGUCUUUUUCUGUCAUGUAUGUGUUUCUUAUGCUGAUGAAGUUUCUCUUCCCUGAAAUAUCUUGCUUUUUCGUUUCUCUUCCACCAGCAACGCUCUGGGUAUCAUUAUAUAUCGUGUUUGAGGGGUGGUCGUCUGUUUCUUGUUGUGUUUUUUGUUCCAUGCAACUUUUUUUUCUCAAAAUUUCUCUGCCAAGUUCGGUGUCUGAAACAAUGGAGAGAGAUCUGGUGAGCUGGACACUCUCCGCUUCUGUAUGGUGUAUGUUGUCUUCCCCUGAUGUUUUCUUUCUACUGGGUUCUGGGGUUAUCAACCCAAUAUACUAUUCCCCUUCUCCUUGCUGCUUUAUCUACGGUCGUCCUUUAUAUAAAUCCUGCGAGACUGGUGUUUCUUUUUCUUCUCGUUGCUGUCUCAACCCAGUACCGAAUGUAAUACUAGUUUAAAUAAGAGACUUCAGAUGUACCUUUAGCAAAUCCGAUGAUCC